GCCUACACAUAAAAGUCCAACUUUUUUCUCUGUUCUGCACUCAUUCUCCACACACACUCCCAUAAAUCUAAGCAGGAGAACCCAAGUAGAAGAAAACGCAUUUCCAAGAAAUGGAGGAAGGAGGAGGGGAGGAGUAUCUGUUCAAGAUAGUGGUGAUAGGCGAUUCGGCGGUGGGAAAAUCCAAUUUGCUUUCCCGGUUUGCUCGGGAUGAGUUCGACCACAACUCAAAGGCCACGAUAGGGGUGGAGUUUCAGACCCAGGUUGUGGAGCUCGACGGCAAGGAGGUGAAGGCCCAGGUUUGGGACACCGCCGGCCAGGAGCGUUUCCGGGCCGUCACCUCCGCCUACUAUCGCGGCGCUGUGGGGGCCCUCGUCGUCUAUGAUAUAAGCAGGAAGACAACUUUUGAGAGCGUCAAACGGUGGCUCGAUGAGCUUAACACUCAUUGCGACACCACCGUUGCGAGGAUGCUUGUUGGGAACAAGUGUGAUCUGGAGAACAUCAGAGAGGUGAGUGUGGAUGAGGGUAAAAGCCUUGCGGAAGAAGAAGGAUUAUUCUUCAUAGAGACCUCUGCUCUGGACUCUACAAACGUGAACAAAGCAUUUGAGAUUGUUAUUCGUGAGAUCUACGAGAAGGUCAGCCGGAAAAUUCUCAACUCCGACUCCUAUAAGGCCGAAUUGUCUGUCAAUCGGGUCAGCCUGGCAAAUGGUGUCGAUUUAUCAAAACAAAAAUCAACAUUCUCAUGCUGCUCGAGAUGAUUUUCUUGCGCAUGAUUCGGGCUGUGAUCUUUUGUAUCUGUAUUUGUUGUAACCAGCUUUUCCCAGCUGCUGGUUGUGUAUCAUGUAUUUUGGUGGUUCAUUCCCAUAAAGGGUUAAAUGUUGACAAUAAACAGAAAAAUAAAGAUAGUACUACUUAAUAUAUUUGAAUUACAACCAUGUGUUGUUUUCUCAUGAAUCUCCCAAUUAUGGGCUGAACAUGAUCAGACAUGAGAGGGACAUGGGCAAGGACAAGCAUGGAUUUCAUGGGAGAUGUAAUAACCAUGAAAAUUUGGCCGGUA